AUGGGAAUCCAAACGAAAUACGUGCUGCUCGUCGCGCUCGCGGUGCUGGUGCUAUUACCAGCACAGGCGCACGCUUUUGGCGCGGGCAACAUCGCAUCGAUCUCUGCUGUCGAAGGCAAGAACUGGCGCCAUGGAGAUAUCGAGGAUAUGCUCGCUACGGUCGCGUGCUUAAAGGGCCACAAGUGGAAGUCUAUGAUGAUCAAGCGCGUAUACUUUGGCAACUGGCUUCGUGACUACUCGCAGGCUGUAGAUACCGCAACUUUGGCCAAAGUUCAAAGUGACACCAUCCGCGUUCUCGUCUGGAUCCUCUCUUUCAUGUCAUUUGGAUAUGCAACUGGUGAAUUCGAGGUUACCGCCGACCGACUUGGUGUUUACAGGCCGGAAGAGCACAUCGACAACCCGAAAGACUAUGCCGAUAACCAGGAUGCCAGGAAGUUCGACCCUCGUCUGCGUGGACCCGUUACCGAUAUCGAGCUUGCUGUCGACCCAGAAACUGGAAUGAAGAACUAUAUCGCCAACGAAAGAGGUAACUGGGCAACUUCUGCAGGCUACGUCAAGUUCUCCUUCACUCGAGCAAUCCAUUACGGCCGCAUGUAUACACAUGGACCGAACGGCGAGCGCGGAAAUGAAGCGAAUCUUGCAGAAGCACUUCGGUGUCUUGGACAAGGUCUCCAUUGCCUUGAGGACUUCGGUGCUCACACCAACUACACUGAGCUCGUGCUACAAGAAUUAGGCUACUCGAAUGUGUUCGCACAUACUGGAACCCAGACCCAGAUCAAUCUCCGUGGCAAGCAUGUUUACCCACUCGUAACCGGAACGUUUGGAGGUGUUGAUUUCUUCCACUCUGUGCUCGGUGAAGCGACUGACCAUAUCACGCAAUCUGAGGUCGACGAGAUGAACACAACGCUAUCGGACGCCUUGACGAGCAACACCAAGGGCAGCGGAGGCAGCUGCUCGGCCCUGAUUCAUGACCUGGGCAAGGUCCCCGGAACUAGUGGCUUGAUUCAGGAGGCUCAGCAGCUUCAAGCUGCUUCUGACGCGCAAGCUUCCGCCAACUCAGGACACGGAUACCGAAGCGGGGGCUAUGAUGACUACAGUAGCUCUAGAGCUGGCCCUGGCCAACAGCAGUUCGAUGCACCGCCUGGAUCUGUCGGUGGUCCACCAGGACCUAAUAUUCCUGGCACAAACACGGAUCCAGCAACCAUCAUCCCCAAGAUCUACCCAAUCUUGGAGUUCCGGGACAAAGUAGUCAGGAACAUUUCUGCGAUAAUCGAGAAGAUCCCUGGUCUAGAGAAGCUUAUUGAGACGAUCACUGAGCGAGUGACUCUAUUCGUGCUGUCCCUGCUGGCUCCUUUCGUCAUGCCAAUCAUCAAGACUGCCUCAGAGUCCCUCAAGCAAGGUUCCACUACGGUCAUCGACUCUGCAGCUAAGCACCAAUUCGAAGUCUGGACCAACCCUCACUCUUCUGAUCCGACCCACAGCAUGCUCUCGAAAGACCACUUCUCCAAUGUUCUCAAUGCACCAGCCGGUCAGGUCGCGGUGGCGAUACUGCAAUUUGUAGCACCUCGCGUGGUCUACGCCUUCGACCACCCGGAUGUGCCUGUCGAUCAGGUUCUCAACGACUGCAUGCAGGUCUUUCACCACCCUGCCAUCCGCAAUAACAACAUCGAAAUUCACAGAAAUAUGUUCUCGGUCGUUGAGAAGUGGGCUCACAACCACCGCGGCCAGGAUCUCAAUCAUGUGCUAAGCUCAGAGAGCGUCAAAGCAGGCCAUAACCACAGCGGGGGCAACGACCACUCUCACGGUUCUGGCCAUGGCGCCGCAGGCGUCUCCUCGUUCGCGAGCCACAGCCACGGAGGCAGCUCCCACAGCGGCGGACAUCAACAAUCUCACUCCAGCGGCGGCUACGGACAGUCAUCUUCGCAUUCGAGUAGUGGCGGCGGUCUCCUCAGCAGCCUCGCAGGAAACCUACCAGGUGGUUUGGGCAGCAAGCUAAAUCCCGCGCUCAAUAUGUUCAGCGGCAAGCGUGAGGGGCCGGGCGACUUCGACUCCUCCGCGCCGCAGUCCUCGUACGAGCACUCGACACCCUACCAGCCGUCUCCUUCGCCCCAGCCCACGCACGACUGGGGCUCCUUCCAGCCGUAUCAGUCCUCGUAUGCGGGCGGCAACCACGGUGGUGCUCCCGAGUACAAUGCGCCGCACCCUGCAGGGGGUGAGGGAUGGGGCAACCAGGGACAGUAUUACGGUGGGCAUGGGGCAGAGCCGAGUUACACGGUGCCGACGGCGUAUCAGCAGGGGUAUGAGAAUUAUGACCAGAGUCAGCAGGGCGGCUAUGGACAGCAGCAGCAGCAGAGUGGAUACGGAGCAUAUGGGCAGCAGGGACAGAGUGAGGGUAGCGGGAGGCAGUGGGGUGGGGGUGGGAAUAAUCUGUAUUAG